AUGAUUCCACCAGCCGAGUCACUCCUGAAAUUCAACAAUCCGGUUUUGGUCAGCAAAACCACAGACAGAAAAUCACCAAAGGGCCGCCCUUUGAGAGUGAGCCCUCAGCAGCCUGUUGACUCCAGCCCUGUUCCACCACCUCCUAAACCCAAAUCAGCCUCCCUUGAGGCCACCAAGCAGGAAAAUGAGGAGAUCCUGAAUGCCAUCCUUCCACCCAGGGAAUGGACGGAGGGGAACCAACUGUGGGUGCAGAGUGUGUCCAGUGCACCUUGUACAAGAACAGAUGUUAUGCACCUAGAGGAACUCCUGGACACGAAGCUGCAACAAAGGCAGGCCAGAGAUACAGGCAUCUGCCCUAUUCGCAGGGAGCUCUAUUCGCAGUGCUUUGAUGAGCUAAUCCGACAGGUGACCAUCAACUGUGCUGAGAGGGGUCUGCUGCUUCUGCGGGUUAGAGAUGAGAUUCAAAUGACUAUUGCUGCCUACCAGACACUGUAUGAAAGCAGCGUGACGUUCGGCAUUAGAAAAGCAUUUCAGGCUGAGCAGGGCAAGGCUGACGUGAAGAAAAGAAUUUCUGAUCUGGAGAAUGAGAAACAAGACCUGAAGAAUCAACUGAACGAACAGAAAGCUAAAUGUGAUGCGAUUGAAAAGAGAGAAAAUGAAAGGCGACAGUUGGAGGAAAAGAAUCACACAGAGGAGAUACAGUUCCUCAAGAGAGCCAAUCAGCAACUCAAGACCCAACUGGAAGGAAUCAUUACACCAAAGAAAUAA